AUGAUACAAAAUUUCCAUUGCUCACGUGUAGUGGAAACCCUUACCGGUCGCCUCCCGGCAUUUCUAGAGUCUAGACCGCGCUCCCAGCGGACCGCGCAAACCAAACAUAGCGCCGAAAUCGAACAUGUGGUUCUCAAUGAGGCGGUAGAACUGGGCAUGGAAUUUCUGGUUGGCCGAGCUCGGAUGACAGCAAGCUGCAGCGAAUCGGGUGCUUCCGAGUGGGAACCACACCAUCGAGGGGAACUCUCGAGUCUUAUGCAGGAUCUUCGGCUCCGUGAUAUUGUGUCAUCUCGACUGACAUGGCGGUUUAUCACCAUUUCCGAAGGCCAGCACAUCAUCCGAAAGACGCGUCAAAGAGAAAAGGGAAAGCCCAUGACGACAUGUUUAGUUCCAUAUUGCAUACCAUCCGCAAGCCAAGGCCCACGUUCAUGGAAAUUCGAUCUGCUGCUUCUCGUGGAGCGGUUUCGGCCCAAGUGGAGUUUGAUGGAUACGAGGAAGUAUUUCCGGUAUGAGAACCUUUCCAGGUUACCGGAGGGUCCGGGUGACAAGUUGCCGACGUCGUGA